AUGACUAUCGAUGUCGAAGAGACCAACCGCAAGUUUUCUUCCAUCUCUCCCGACUCUGUUGUGCUAAAGCGUUUUGCGGCUGAUUCUGAAGACUCGGGCUCCAAUACGGAUGGCACUACGUCGCUACCGUCUACUGAGCCGUCUACCACGCCAGACGAAGCGGGCAGCAGCAGCGAUGGUUCGGGUUCUGUGCGCUCCGCCCGCAAGGGAAACAAGCGCGUCCGGAUCGGAUCAGCCGAGCCUUGUUCUCACGCUCGUAGACAGUCGCACUCUGGUCGCCCUCAGGUAGCUCACCCACUAGGCAUUAAGCCACUCGGCAACGCAUUUCUCUCGAACCGCAAUGAUCGCUCUGCUUCGUUGGGCUUGUUCGCGCGCUUUGAGGACGACUUUUUUCUGAACUUUCUCUCCGGCUUUGCCGAGGAUCCGGCGACACUAGUCAAGCUCGAGGCUGUCAGCCAUGGCUUUUACACGUUUAUCAACGCCACCAACUCUAUCUGGCGUGAGGCUUUCCUGUUGGGAUUCCAUGGCAAGAUGAAACGAUGGUGUGGUAGCUGGAAGCGUACCUUCAUCUGGCACUACAAGAUGGACCGUGCCGUUUUUGAUGAAACCUUCAAGAAUUCCACUGAUGGCGCCCUGUUUGCACUGCUUGACCCUCCCGCACCUCGCAUACAGUCGCCUUACAUCUUUUCCGACACGCUCUACCACCCAUUUCGUCUUGCUAUGGCGCCUCUCGAACAUCUCGUCGCUCCAGCCUGUCGCGUCUACACCGCCAUCGCAAAGAUUGAUUUGAACGAGCCAGGCGCAAUUGCUACUUUUAAGGACAAAUUUGCAUACACCAACACACCUGCCAUUGUGCAGAACGCUAUGCCUCCGAAAGACUGGCCCUGUCGCGAUUGGUCACUCGACAAGCUCGCACAACGUUGGCCGAAUCGAUUCUUCCAAUGCGAGGCUGUGCGAGCGCGGCUGCCUGCCUACUUUAGCUAUUCGCGAGGCAUGCAACACCUCCAGGAGCAGACUUGGCAGCGUUUGGCCGACCAAGACGAUAUCUCAAUCCAACGCACGGCUCCGCGGCUAUCCCCCUCCAUCACUGUACCCGGCUCUGGUACUCCAUCGGACGAGCUCGGGCCUCGCGACUUGUCCGCCCCGCCACUCAAAGACACCCCUAACACAGUCUCACGUGUCGGGUCCUUGUUCUUUUCGGCCAGCAUCGACGAAGGAGACUCGACUUUUGACCCGUAUGCAGUCCCAGACGAGUCGCCCUUCUAUCUUUUUGAUGCUUGCUUCGCUGAUGACCCACACGCGUCGCUCGAAUGGAGGGUGCCCAAGUUCUUUCAACGAAUCUCGUCGACGCAUGCAGACGCCGCAUCGCAGUACGACAUGUCGGCCGUUCGAUCGGAUCUGUUCUCGCUGCUCGGACUCUUGAGACCCGAUCAUCGCUGGAUCAUCGCCGGUCCCCCACGCAGCGGCAGUGGCUGGCACAAGGACCCGAACGGCACUUCGGCCUGGAACGCCGUUUUGAACGGUCGAAAGGCGUGGAUGAUGCUGCCGCCUCAUGUGACUCCACCAGGCGUCUACGUGAGCGAAGACGAGGCCGAAGUCACUGCUCCUCUCAGCAUCGCCGAAUGGCUUCUCGAGUUCGCUCAGGAAACACGUCGCUUGUACGGACCCGAAGCAUCACGACAGGAAGACCGGCUGCUGUUGGAGGGUGUCUGCGAAGAAGGCGAGGUUCUGUACGUCCCCAGCGGAUGGUGGCAUCUCGUCAUCAACCUCGAAGAGUCAGUGGCCUUGACGCAGAACUUUGUCUCUCCUGCCGAACUCGGCAUCGUGUUGGACUUUAUGAAGAACAAAUCGGAUCAAUUGUCCGGUUUCAAACGAGGCCAGCAGGUGCAACGUGGCGGAAGCACGCCCGACGCCACAGUUGCCGAUGCUGGAUCCGUUGCCCCCGCCCCAGCAAGUCAAGUCGCCUCGUUGAUCUCCAUGCCAGCUAAGCCAGCUGUCAACGACGACGAAGAAGAUUGCGACGGAGCAGGAUUCAACGUAUUUGAACUGUUUUGCGACCGUCUGGGUCGAUUCGAUCGGGAUCUGCUUGAUAGUAGUCUGAAGCAAGUAGAGCAACUCGAGGAGUCACGGCGUGCCACGUGUGCGCUUCUGCGGCGCACCAAUCCGCUGGCAGCGGCAUCCAAGGCCAGAAAAGCCCAUGUCGGCCCGAGCUGGUGGGAGAAGCUCAAGCAGGCCGAGCCCUGCGCCAACGCCUCAGCUGAUGCAGCCGACCAGCCAUCGGUCCCACAACCAUCCGACACAUUUUCCUUUUCGAACCAUCUCGCAUCUUCCGAUCUCGAACUGGAAGACGUGCCGUGGUAA